CCGGCGGGCUCCCGGCGCGGCCGCCGGGAACGCCGGGGUGAGGGGGCGGACGACGGCGCCGCCGGCCUUGUGGCCAUUUUAGGAGGCGAAGCCCGAUCGCCGAGCCGGGGGCGCGGCCGGGAGCUCGGGCGCUUUCGGCGCGGCCUUGCGGGCGAGCGGCGGGGCGCGCUCCCGGGCGUGCGGGCGGCGAGCGCGCGGGCGCCCCGCGCGGGGAUUCCCUGCCCGGCGCGGUGGCCGCAGGGGCGGGGCCGGGCGCCCCUGACGCAGCCGCGGGGUGUUCCCCGGCGCGUUCCCCGGCGCGGGAGGCUCCCCGCGCCCGGCCGCCGGCCCCGCACUCGCGCCGCGCACGCCGCGGCCAUGGGCAACACCGCGAGCGAGCGGGCGGGCGAGCGGCACGGCCGGGCAGCGCGCGCCGAGGGCGCCGGCGGCGCGGGCCCAGCCAAGGAGCACCGCAUCCUGGUGGGCAGCACGGACGACCCCGGCGUCUUUAGCCUGCCCGACGCCAAGCUCCCAGAGGACGUGUCUUGGCAGCAGGAUCUGGAGGACGCAGUGAAGCCAAGCCAGCAGGCCCGGCCCACGGUCAUCCGCUGGUCAGAAGGUGGCAAGGAGGUCUUCAUCUCCGGCUCCUUCAAUAACUGGAGCGCCAAGAUCCCGCUGAUCAAGAGCCAUAAUGACUUUGUGGCCAUCCUGGACCUCCCUGAAGGAGAGCACCAGUACAAGUUCUUUGUGGACGGACAGUGGGUUCAUGACCCAUCUGAGCCUGUAGUGACCAGUCAGCUCGGCACCAUCAACAAUCUGAUCCAUGUCAAGAAAUCUGAUUUCGAGGUGUUUGAUGCUUUAAAGCUAGACUCCAUGGAAAGCUCAGAGACAUCCUGUCGAGGACAGCGUGAUGGUGCUGAGCGCGACCCAUCGCUACAAGAAGAAGUAUGUCACGACUCUGCUGUACAAGCCCAUCUGAGGGGACCCUGGCCUGCAUCCCGGGACUCCAGACCAGCACCCUCCUGGCCUUUCUGUACCACAUCGGUCUCCACUGAGACUGGAGAGCUGAUGCGCCUUGAGGCCCAUGCGUGUGUUUCAGAGCCUCCCAGUAGCGGGUUCCGCUUUUGCACGUGGUUGCAGAUGAGAGCUUUGAGUGUCUGGAAUUCGUUUCAAAAAAAAAAAAUAUUUCCCUAUGAGAGGAAGGUCACUGGAAGCCUCCUGGCUCUAUGCGUUCUCUCUCCCUGGACCUGUUUUGAGGGAGCUGCAGGAAGUGUUUUUUUUUUCCUUAGAGUGGAUGAAGCGCAAACUUCCAGAAUCCUCUCGGGUGGAGGGUUUGGCCGCCUGCUUGGCCGUGCGGGCGAUUGACUCGUACCAGCUGCCCCCAUUCAGAGGCAGCCCUUCUCGCCUGGGCCCAUGGCUCUCUGUGCUCCCCCCAGUGUGUGGCACGGUGUGUGUUCUCCCCAGCCUUCCCCCGGCCGUGAGGACCCUUUUCUUGCCCGGUCUUGCUUUGAAAGCCUUCGGAUUCCUCCCUGACCCACUCUGGCCCAGCCCAUGGAGAAGUGAGUGAGCCCCUCAUGCCAAGUGGGACCAGCUCCUCCCUGAAAGAUGCAGGCCCCUGCCACAAGGACUCCUUUUCACCCUGUGCACUUGCUUAACUUGGUCACCACUUGUGUAAACCCACCGAGGGAAAU